AUGAAGAGUAGCAGUGGACGCUCAACAGGGGAGGUAGCAUCACUAUUGUUAGGAGAUGAUUCCAUACAUGAUGAUGAAGAGGAAAAGAAUUCUCCCUCUUUGCAGACGAAUGCGCCGUCAUCGGGAAUCGUGAAAAAAUCUUUUGAUAAUGAAAAUAUUAGUACCAUUGAUUGGAGAGCCGAUUAUAAAAAGGAAAAGAAGAAGAGAGCAAGGAUUUUUGAACAGCAAGGUGUCCUAGCUCUAUUGCAACAAGCUUAUUAUGCCUCACAGGGUUGGAUUAUGACUGUUGUGGUCGGUAUUACCGUGGGUAUUGCUGCAAGUUUAGUCGAUAAAGGAAUGGAAUGGGUUUCAGGGUUCAGGGAGGGUGUUUGUGUCAAUUGGUUUCUUGCAACAGAGAAACGAUGUUGUGUCGACAUACCAGUUGGCGUCGAAUGCCCAUAUUGGCGAACAUGGAGUCAAUUAUUUGGAAUUUUAGAUCCUACUGGUGCCUACGCUUUCAAUUAUUUUGCAUACAUUUUCACAGCAGCCUUCAUGUCUGUUCUUGCAGCGUGGCUUGUGAAAUGUCUGGCUCCAUGGGCAGCUGGUUCAGGUAUUCCCGAAGUGAAAACAAUUCUAGGUGGAUUUGUCAUUAAGGGAUUUUUAGGUAUUUGGACCUUCCUUGUGAAAGUUGUUGGUCUCAUUCUAGCAGUGGGUUCUGGAUUAACGACAGGUAAAGAAGGACCCAUGGUUCAUGUGGGAGGAUGUGUUGGUAAUAUUGGCUCUCGUUUAUUCUCAAAAUAUAGAAAUAAUGAAGCAAAAAAGAGAGAAAUUAUUAGUGCAAGUUGUGCAGCAGGUGUGGCAUGUGCCUUCGGAACGCCGGCUGGAGGAACAUUGUUUUCACUAGAGGAGUUAUCUUCAUAUUUUCCACCCAAGACACUUUUUAGAACAUUUUUUACGUGUGUGAUUGGAGCACUCACGCUGCAAGUAUUGAAUCCAAGACCUUCUGGAAAAAUCGUCUUGUUCAGUAUUUCGUACCAUGUGAAUUGGAAAUGGUUUGAAUUAUUACCUUUCAUAUUUAUGGGAAUUUUAGGAGGAAUUCUAGGCGCUCUGUGGACCAAGCUCAAUAUUACCUACAUUAAAUAUGUACGAAAAAGGUACCUUAAAGAUUGGCCCAUCACAGAAGCCCUAAUGACCUCAGUAGUCACAUCUUUACUUUGCUAUUGGAAUGAAUAUUCAAGAAUUCCCAUGUCUGACCUCAUUGCCAUGCUUUUCCAAAACACGUGUACUGAAAAUUCAGACUCUGAAGAAAUAGCAAAGGUGUUGUGUGAUCCUACAAAUUUUUGGCCUCUUGGAAAACUCAUCAUUUCCUUUGUAUUGCGAUUUAUUCUCAUGUUUUGGACCGUGGGCAUCAAAGUUCCUGGAGGAAUUCUUGUUCCUGCGCUCAUGAUCGGAGCAUGUUAUGGACAGGUCAUUGGUUCUCUCAUGAAGUAUAUUCAAAUCAUGUAUCCAGAUUCUCUAUUUUUCCAAGAAUGCUAUGCGGGAGGAGAAGGAUCUUGUAUUGUUCCUGGAAUUUAUGCAGUGGUUGGAGCUGCGAGUAUGUUAGGUGGAAUUUGUAGAAUAACAGUGUCACUUGCUGUUAUUAUGUUUGAAUUGACAGGAGGCUUGGAAUAUUUGGUACCACUGAUGCUUUCAACUAUGUUUGCAAAAUGGGUUGGAGAUGCAUUUGACCAUGUCACAAUUUAUGAACAUAAUAUUGAAAUGAGUGAAUAUCCAUUCUUGCAUAACGAUGAAGUAGAUCAUGAUGGAACUGCUCAAGAAAUCAUGACUACUCACAGUCUCAAAGUCAUUUAUUCUGAAGGUGUGACCAUUGGAGAUGUAAAAACUGGAUUAUUGACUGAGGAAACAAAAAUUUAUGGUUUUCCAAUUAUCGAUAAUUCCUCAGAUCGAAGAGUACUUGGAUUUAUUUCACAAGCAGCCUUACGAGAUGCAAUCAAGGAAAAUGAGCGACGAAUUAAUGAUCAGACAGAGAUUUUCUUUGAAGAGCUGUUAGUGACGCAACGUCAAGAGCAUUUAAUUAACAAAAUUGACCUGUCCAAUUAUUUGGAUGAAGUUCCUAUCCAAGUACCAACUCAAAUGCCAGGUGACAGAGUUUAUAACAUGUUUCGAGCGAUGGGUAUUCGAUAUUGUCUGGUGUUACAUAGCAGUAAGCUCGUUGGAAUUAUCACAAAGAAAGAUUUAGCCAGAUGGCUUCAUCAUUCCCAUCAUGGUACUCUCGAAAAACGAUCGAACACUACUUCUUCUCCAACGAAAUCACCUCAAGCCUUGAGUGUUGAAACAGCAAGUUCUGCUGUUAAUAUUAACAGCAUUUCAAACACCAAGGUUUCCCUUAAUAUUGCAGAAGAAGAGUAUCAUUACCAACGACUUGAUAAUGAGCCACAAGAUGAGGACACUCGUAGGAGGAAAUAA